GCGACAGACGACCACUUUUGCCUCUGAUCGACGCCAUUAAAGAAGCUCCGGGGAAUCUAGUUUACCAUAAGAAGGGGGAAGAAGGUUUCUGGAGUAUUCGUAUCUUGAUCUCCAAUCGGGAACCCUAGAGCUCCCCGGAGCUUCAGUCAUUCCUUAUCUUUCAGGAAUCAUUAUAUAUACAUGUAUUUUAUCUAUUUGGAUCACAAAGCCCUGAUGCUCUAUAAACCUUACUGAGGAAGGAUGAAUAUUGUCAAGAAUGUUGCUGAACUUAUCCGGAGAACUUCUAGUGGGCAUGCUGGGGAGUCUCCAGGUUUGCAAGCAAAAAAAAUUACCCCUCCUGUGCCCAAGAUCCGCUUCAGUGAUGUUGGUGAUGAGGCAAUUGUAAAUGCUCUCUGGCAGAGAUAUGAGAAAAUUGAUGAUAAGGUGGAAAAAAAGCGGAUGCUUCAUGUUUUCCUCAAGCAGUUUCUUCUUGUUUACAAGGAUUGGGCACCUGUAAAUUCAGGCGCAGUACCAGAGGUUGCUUCAACUACUUUCCAAUCUGCAGAUAAUUCACCAUCUUCGGAUGACCUAAUUGUGGGAUGCAUAGCUGGUCAUCCUGCUGAAAUGAUUAGGAUAUUGAUCGAGGAGGUCACACAGUUAAGCUCACUGGUUACUGAGUUGAACACCGGCAUGGAACAAUCACCAACUGACUUAACUGGAGCAGCUACCAACUUUUUUAUUGCUUCUGAAGGAUUUGCCAUAUUGGAUGCUCUGAAAAUUAUCACCCGUUCAUUAUAUAAUUGCAGGGUGUUUGGAUACCAUGAUGGUGUUCAAAAACUUACUGCUAUGAUGAAAGCGGCUGUUGUUCAACUGAAAACCAUAAGCGGCACCUUCUCAGCUGAUGAAAGUUUGUCCGACUUCACCAUGGAGACCUUCAAGCUGCUCCAACAAAUUCUAUUAUACGUGGUGUCAAUAAUUUGCAAUUUCAUUGAUUUAGGUUCAAGUGUAGAUGAAAAGGAUGAGUUUUUGUGCGGUACUAUAGGCUUUGUUUCAUUUGCUGAUGCUUCCAUUAGCUCUUCCGAUAGUUCAAGUGUUCUGUCUUCUGAAGAAAGGUCAUAUUGGCAUCAGACAGCUACUAGUUUUGUGAUGGAAUCUGGCGGUCACAAUUGGUUAGUAGAGAUACUGCGCAUCAUUAGAAGAUUGAGCAUGAAAGACCAGUGGGUGGAUGACUCAAUUCAGUAUUUGACUCUGAAAAUACUUUGCUAUGUCCUAUCUGCAAAUCCCCGAGGUCAAAAUCUUUUUAAAAGUAUUGGAGGACUGGAAGUUCUGUUGGAUGGUCUUGGAGUUCCAUCAAAUUAUAUGAGAAUGCUUUAUGGCAAAUCCUCUCGGGUCGAUAGUUUAAGGGAUAAUAAACCGCUACAGAAAAUUUUCCAGGUUCAUGUUCUUGCUCUCAAGGUCUUGAGAGAAGCUGUCUUUGGGAAUACGAACAAUCUGCAAUUUCUUUGUGAAAAUGGUAGAGUACAUAAAUUUGCAACUAGCUUUUGUUCACCAGCUUUCGUGCUUAUAGAUAUGGGGCAGGAGAAGGAUUUGGCGGGAAAACAGCAAAGUGGAAUGCUCGAUCUGGACCUUCAUAAUGAGAAUUGUGUGAAACCUGAUCUAGCUUUGGCUUCUGGUGGCAUUUCCAUCAGUUCUUCUUUUUCAAUAGAAUGGAAUGAUUAUGCUGUUAAGUUGAGCCGCAUACUCUGCUCAUUCCUUCUGACUUCCGAAGGUUCAAAAUUUCAUAAUGUCCAAGUAUUUGCUGGUGGACGUCCUCUGUCAAUUUCUCCAGGAUAUUGUAAAAAGUCAAUCAAAUGGGUAAUGAGGGUUCUAAUUGCAAUAUUUCCUUGCAUCAAAGCUUGCUCAAGUCAGAAUAAGUUUCCUUGCCAUUUAAGGGUCUUUGUGACAAUUCUGCAGGAGACAGUUCUCAGAGCAUUUAAAGAUUUUCUUUCUACUUCACCCAUUUCACUUCAAAUUUUUCGAGAAGAGGGUAUUUGGGAUCUUAUCUUCUCAGAAAAUUUCUUUUAUUUUGAAUUAGCUUCAGGGGAAAAUUCUGGUGAGACAUUUGCAAACCCUGAGAAGUCUGAAUUCUUUUCUGCUUCAAGUAACGUUAGCAGCAUCUUAAAAGAGGGCAGGGUUAAUAGUCUGCAGAUGGAAGCAAUUUCAUUUCUGGAAUUUGCUGCAAUCUCUUGUGAAAAUCCACACAACUUGCCUGAAUUGUCCGCUUUGCUGGAUGUGCUUGAACGGUCUGCCUGCAAUCUGGAAACUGCUAGUGUUCUUGUGAGGAGCUUGGUUUCCAUUUUCCAUGCCUCCCCUGAGAAAACUGUUGCUUCUUUUAAGACCCUUAGUGCAGCUUCCAGAAUUCUAAAAGUUGCUUGUGUUCAAGCACAAGAGUCUAGAAGAUGUGGAAAAAUGAAUAUUGCUGGUGAGAUUAGUAGCAUGGAAGUAGUAUUGGAGCAGUAUCAACAAAAAUGCAGUUCACAUGAAAGCUCGCAAAGUUUGUUUAACUGUAUGAAAUUGUGCAUGGAGCUCUAUGCUAUGUUUUCAUCUGCAGCUGAGGAUGCACGGAAUUUGAUAUUGAAUGAUUUUGCAUGUAUUGAUUAUUUAUUUGAUUUAUUCUGGGUAGAAGAUUUGAGAAAUGCCGUGCUCAGAGAAAUACUUGUGCUGAUGAAGAUUGCACCACACUCUGAAGAAGACAAAAAAGCAAAGUUGCAGUUAUGCUCUAAGUAUUUAGAAACAUUUAAUCAGAUAAAAGAACGGGAGAAGGGAUUUGUAGACCUGUCUAUUGAUUUAUUGGUUGGAAUGAGAGAUCUACUCCAGACUAAUCCAGCAUACUAUCAGGCUUUGUUUCGUGACGGGGAGUGCUUUUUGCACGUUGUUUCAUUACUUAACAGCAACCUUGAUGAUGCAAAUGGGGAGAAAUUGGUUUUGAAUGUACUUAAGACGCUUACUUGUCUGCUUGCAAGUAAUGACACAUCAAAGGCUGCAUUUAGAGCUCUUGCUGGAAAAGGUUAUCAGACCCUGCAAAGUCUGCUACUGGAUUUUUGCCGAUGGCAUUCAAGUGAAAGGCUUCUAAAUGUAUUGCUUGAUAUGCUUGUUGAUGGGAUGUUUGAUAUCAAGACGAGUCCAAUUAUAAAGAAUGAAGAUGUGAUAACAUUAUAUCUGAUUGUACUGCAAAAGAGCAGUGAGUCAUUGCAGCAUCAUGGACUCGAUGUGUUUCAGCAGCUGCUAAGAGAUUCCAUUUCUAAUCGAGCUUCAUGUGUCAGAGCAGGAAUGCUUGACUUCCUUCUCGAUUGGUUUUCUCAAGAAGAUAAUGACAGUGUAAUAUUUCAAAUUGCCCAGUUAAUUCAAGCCAUUGGUGGGCAUAGCAUCUCAGGGAAGGACAUACGCAAAAUAUUUGCCUUACUCCGUAGUGAGAAAGUGGGGACACGGAGGCAGUACUGCUCUCUGUUGUUAACUAGUCUGUUGUCAAUGUUGCACGAAAAGGGACCGACUGCCUUUUUUGAUCUUUCUGGGAUUGAUUCUGGUAUCAUGCUUUUGACGCCUCUGCAGUGGCCUCUCAAUAAGGGAUUUUCUUUUUCCUGCUGGCUCAGGAUAGAGAACUUCCCCAGGAAUGGAGGGAUGGGUCUUUUCAGUUUUCUUACAGAAAAUGGAAGAGGGUCCUUGGCUGUUCUUGCAAAGGAGAAACUCACUUAUGAGUCAAUUAAUCUAAAGAGACAACGUGUAGACCUGCAUGUUAAUUUAGUCCGGAGGAAAUGGCAUUUUCUUUGCGUAACUCAUAGCAUUGGAAGAGCAUUUUCGGGGGGUAGCUUGUUGAGGUGUUACUUGGAUGGUGAUCUCAUCUCAUCUGAAAGAUGCAGGUAUGCAAAAGUUAAUGAAACUUUAACAAGUUGCUUGAUUGGGUCUAAAAUUAAAAUGCCUCACUAUGAGGAUCACACUCUCAUCUCGGAAUCCAUCCAAGACUCGUCUUCUUUUUUUGGCCAAAUUGGUCCCGUGUAUUUAUUUAAUGAUGCCAUCUCUGGAGAGCAAGUCCAGAGUAUCUAUUCCUUAGGACCGAGCUAUAUGUAUGCAUUCCUUGAUAAUGAAGCUCUGCCGUUCUGUGGAGAUAAAUUACCCAGUGGGAUUCUUGAUGCCAAAGAUGGUCUUGCAUCAAAAAUUAUCUUCGGAUUCAAUGCCCAGGCAAGCUUUGGAAGAAUGCUUUUCAAUGUUUCUCCUAUACUAAAUCAUGCGUUGGGUAAGAAAUCUUUUGAAGCAUCUGUAAUGGGCGAGACAGAGUUAUGUUCAAGACGUUUACUGCAGCAGAUUAUAUACUGUGUUGGUGGCGUAUCUGUGUUUUUCCCUCUUAUCACGCAGUGUUGUAGAUAUGAAAAUAAUAAUGGAAAAUCUGGAAAUGCAUUGCUCACACACAUGUCGCAGGGGAGUGUGACUACUAAAGUUAUUGAGCUUAUUGCUUCUUUUUUGGAUGAGAAUUUUGCAAAUCAGCAACAGAUGCAUCUAGUUUCUGGGUUUUCUGUCCUGGGCUUCUUGUUACAAUCAGUUCCUCCACGACAACUUAACAUGGAAACACUUUCUGCCCUGAAAAACCUUGUUAAUGUUGUUUCUACUUCUGGUCUGGCAGAGCUGCUUGUUAAAGAAGCUAUUUCCAGUAUAUUUCUUAAUCCACUUAUCUGGGUCUCCACAACUUAUGAGCUGCAACGUGAACUCUACAUGUUUCUGAUCCAGCAAUUUGACAAUAAUCCAAGGUUGCUUACUAGUUUAUGCAGGCUUCCACGUGUUCUUGAGAUAAUUCACCUAUUUUAUUGUGACAAUAUCAAGUCUCAAUUAUCUGUUGGAAAUAGCCCUCUUCUACAUCCUAUCACUGAACAAGUAGUUGGUGAAAGACCCAGUAAAGAAGAAAUACGCAAAAUCCGUCUCCUGUUGUUAAGUCUUGGUGAAAUGAGCCUAAGGCAGGACAUUACUUCAGGGGAUAUAAAAGCGCUUGUUGCAUUUUUUGAGAUAAGUAAUGAUAUGGCCUGUAUUGAGGAUGUUCUCCAUGUGGUUAUUCGUGCUGUUUCCCAGAAAUCACUGCUUGCUUCUUUCCUUGAACAAGUUAAUAUCAUUGGUGGUUGUCAGAUUUUUGUCAAUCUUCUCCAGCAGCAACUUGAGUCUAUUAGAUUGCUGAGCUUACAGUUCAUAGGGAGGCUUUUGGUUGGCUUUCCAGCUGAGAAGAAGGGAUCGAGAUUUUUCAACCUCUCAGUGGGAAAAUCCAAAUCUCUUCCAGAAAUUGAUAGGAAAGUGAGAGUGCAACCAAUUUUCUUAGCUAUUUCUGAUAGAUUGUUCAGCUUUCCACAGACAGAUAAUUUAUGUGCCACUCUAUUUGAUGUUCUUCUUGGUGGUGCUAGCCCCAAACAGGUCUUACAGAGACACAAUCAACUUGAAAGGGUGAGAAGCAAGGUCAAUUAUUCUCACUUUUUAGUUCCUCAGAUGUUGCCUCUGAUUAUCAGAUACCUGUCUGGCUGUGAGGAUGCUCAUGCUAGAAUAAAAUUAAUAAGAGAUCUUCUUGAACUCCUUGAUUCAAAUCCUUCAAAUAUUGAAGCUUUCAUGGAGUACGGUUGGAAUGCCUGGUUGUCAUCGUCUUUAAUGCUUGAUGUAUUGAAAGACUACAAUAUCAAGGCAAUAAGUCAAGUUGGCAGUGAGGCAGAUGAGGUGCACGUGGUUAGGAAUUUGUUUUCUCUAGUUCUCUGUCACUAUAUGCAUUCCAUAAAAGGAGGCUGGCAACUGUUGGAAGAAACGACCAACUUCUUUUUGUACUCUGACAAAGGUGGUAAUUCAUACCAAUUCUUGCUCCGUGAUAUAUAUGAGGAUUUGAUUCAGAAUAUGGUGGAAUUGUCAGCUGAGGAUAAUGUUUUCAUCUCACAACCUUGUCGGGAUAAUAUGCUGUACCUUCUGAGAUUGGUUGAUGAGAUGCUGAUAUCUGAAGUUGAUAGUAUACUCCCGUUUAUUGGAAGUGCCUCUGAUUUUCACCUUACUUUGGAAUUGGAACAUCACAAAGAUUAUAGCUCUGCCUUAAAAGAGGUUAUGCUAGGCGAUGAUGAUGAGCAAACAUCUAGAAAAUCGCUGGAUUGUAAGCAGUCAAUACCAGAGGAAGGUGACAAAAUUGAGGAAAAGUGGUGGAAUCUAUAUGACAGUUUAUGGGCUGUUAUUAGUGAGAUGAAUGGCAAGGGGCAUGGCAAACUAUUACCCAAAUCAUCAUCGUUUACAGGGCCAUCAUUAGGUCAAAGGGCACGUGGUUUAGUUGAAUCAUUGAACAUUCCUGCUGCAGAAGUGGCUGCUGUUGUUGUAUCAGGUGGGAUAGGUUCUGCAUUGGGUGCAAAACCUAAACCAAAUGUUGAUAAAGCCAUGGUUUUACGAGGAGAGAGGUUCCCAAGAAUUAUUUUUCGACUUGUAAUCCUAUAUUUGUGUAAAGCUUCCCUUGAAAGGGCAUUGCAGUGUGUCCAACGGGUUGUUUCACUUUUGCCUUGCUUAUUGACUGCUGAUGAUGAGCCUAGCAAGGGUAGGCUGCAACUUGUCAUCUGGGCAAUGCUUGCUGUUAGGUCACAGUAUGGAUUAUUGGAUGACGGUGCUCGAUUUCAUGUGGUAUCACAUUUCAUUCGUGAGACUGUCAACAUAGGAAAAUCAAUGCUUGCUAGUAGCAUGGUGGGCAGAGAUGACUCUUCAGAUCCAAAUAGCAAUUUUAAAGAAACAGGAUCCAUUCAAAAUAUAAUUCAAAAGGAUCGAGUAUUAGCAGCGGUUGUGGAUGAAGCUAAAUAUAUAAAGACAAUUAAAACUGACCGAACCCAGCAGAUGCAGGAACUCCAAUCUAGAAUGGAAGAAAACUUCUUGGAAGAAUCUAGUAGCAAGAAAGCUUUUGAAGAUGAUAUACAAAAUAGCUUGAACUCCAUUCUUGCUUCAGUUGAUGUCAAAAGAGCUGAAUUCCACCUUACUUGUGAGGAAGAGCAGCAAAAUGUGGCUGAAAAAUGGAUACACAUGUUUCGUUCAUUAAUUGAUGAGAGGGGUCCAUGGUCUGCUAACCCUUUUCCAAAUCAUGUUGUAACACACUGGAAACUUGACAAGACUGAAGAUACAUGGCGCCGUAGGCCAAAACUAAGGCAGAAUUAUCAUUUUGACGAAAAUCUGUGCAUUCCACCUUCUGCCUCUGUCAGUGGAUUAGCCACUCCUGUCACUGAAAAUAAUCCUAGUUUUGUGGGACAUAUACCUGAGCAGAUGAAGCAACUUCUGCUCAAAGGAGUGAGAAAAAUAACUGAGGAAGGAAGCUUGGAUUCUAAUGAAACCAAUAGUGAAAUAAGUGGAAAAAGGAUAUCUGUUCCCCUUGACCCUUCUGAAAACACAUCCUCUGACUUACUAAAGGAUAGUGACAAAAAGGAUACUGUGCAAGAACGAAAAGACAGUUUCUCUUCGCCAGAAGCAGAAGCUCAAAGUGAGGUGCUUAUGUCUAUUCCAUGUGUUCUCGUAACCUCGAAGAGAAAAUUAGCUGGGCAUUUGGCAGUCAUGAAAGAUGUUUUGCACUUUUUUGGCCAAUUUUUGGUUGAAGGUACUGGUGGAUCAUCUGUUUUUAAAGACUUCCCUGCUUCAAGCAGUUCAGAUCUGACAAAGUCUGAUCCAAAGCAAAGGUCACUGAAGUGGCCGGUUUCUGAUAUAGACUUUCAGAAAGGAAUAUCAGUUACUAACAGUAAAAUAAUAAAUGGAAAUGCACCUGUUAAACUUAUCAAAUGUGUCAAGCGCCACAGAAGAUGGAGCAUGGCCAAGAUAAAAUCUGUCCAUUGGACUCGGUAUUUGCUGAGAUAUACUGCAAUUGAAGUUUUCUUCAGUGAUUCGGUUGCCCCUGUAUUUUUGAACUUCGCAUCUGUGAAGGAUGCGAAAGAUGUAGGAAACUUAAUUGUUACUACAAGAAACGAGUAUUUACUUCCCAAAGGAAGUAGUAGGGAUAAAAGUGGAUCCAUUGCUUUUGUGGAUAGACGAGUAGCACAGGAGAUGGCGGAAACUGCCAGAGAGAGCUGGAGGAGAAGGGAUAUAACGAACUUUGAAUAUCUAAUGAUUCUCAAUACACUAGCGGGGAGAUCUUAUAAUGACUUGACCCAGUAUCCUGUUUUCCCUUGGGUUUUGGCCGACUACUCAUCAGAGGUUCUUGAUUUUAAUAGAUCGGCAACCUUUCGGGAUCUCUCUAAGCCUGUUGGAGCACUUGAUACCAAACGAUUUGAGGUGUUUGAAGAUAGAUAUCGUAACUUCUGUGAUCCUGAUAUACCCAGUUUCUACUAUGGGUCUCAUUACUCUAGCAUGGGAAUUGUGCUUUAUUACCUUCUUAGAUUGGAGCCCUUUACUUCCCUCCACCGUAAUUUGCAGGGUGGCAAGUUUGAUCAUGCUGACCGUCUUUUCCAAAGCAUCGAGAGCACGUAUAAAAAUUGCCUUACGAAUACUAGUGAUGUGAAGGAGCUAAUACCUGAGUUCUUUUACUUGCCUGAGUUUCUUGUGAAUUCGAACUUCUAUCAUCUAGGAGUGAAGCAGGAUGGUGAACCUAUAGGAGAUGUUAUUCUUCCUCUGUGGGCAAAGGGUUCACCCGAAGAAUUUAUAAGAAGAAAUCGUGAGGCACUUGAAAGUGAGUAUGUUAGUUCAAAUCUCCACCAUUGGAUAGAUUUGGUAUUUGGAUACAAGCAACGUGGGAAACCUGCAGUAGAGGCUGCAAACAUCUUCUACUAUUUGACCUAUGAAGGUGCUGUUGAUCUGGAAACAAUGGAUGAUGAUUUGCAAAGAGCGGCUAUUGAGGAUCAAAUAGCUAACUUUGGCCAGACACCGAUCCAAAUAUUUCGUAAGAAACACCCCAGAAGAGGGCCACCUAUUCCAAUUGCACAUCCUCUGCACUUUGCUCCGGAUUCUAUCAGUUUGACUUCUGUUGUUUGUAAUACCAGCCAUUCUUCAUCAGCUUUCCUAUUUGUUGGUUUAAUGGACUCAAAUAUUGUGCUUGUGAAUGAGGGGCUCAACUUGUCUGUUAAGAUGUGGCUGACAAGCCAACUACAAUCUGGGGGAAAUUUUACAUUUUCCGGUUCCCAGGAUGCGUUCUUUGGAGUUGGUUCUGAUGUACUUUCUCCCCGGAAAAUUGGGAGCCCUGUACCUGAAAACGUUGAACUGGGAGCUCAGUGUUUUGCAACAAUGCAGACACCAUCUGAGAACUUCUUAAUAUCGUGUGGCAACUGGGAAAACAGCUUUCAGGUCAUAUCAUUGAACGAUGGCAGAAUGGUCCAGAGUAUCCGGCAACAUAAGGAUAUUGUAAGCUGUGUUGCAGUUACAUCUGACGGAAGCAUCCUUGCAACUGGAAGUUAUGACACAACUGUCAUGAUUUGGGAAGUUUCCCGUGGCAGAACUUCGGAAAAGAGAAUUCGCAACUCUCAGUCUGAGUUACCCCGUAAAAACCAUGUCAUAGUUGAAACCCCAUGUCACAUCCUUUGUGGGCAUGAUGAUAUAAUAACGUGCUUACAUGUCAGUCUUGAGCUUGAUAUCAUAAUUAGUGGGUCAAAAGAUGGGACUUGUGUAUUCCACACCCUGCGAGAAGGAAGAUAUGUAAGAUCCUUACAACACCCUUCGAGCAGUCCAAUAUCAAAGCUAGUUGUCUCCCAUCAUGGUCGGAUUGUCAUAUAUGCUGAUGGUGAUCUCAGCUUGCAUUUAUAUUCAAUUAACGGGAAACAUCUUGCUGCCUCUGAAUCCAAUGGACGUCUCAAUGCUGUUCAAUUGAGUAGGUGUGGUGAGUUUUUGGUUGGUGCAGGUGACCAAGGGCAGAUAGUUGUUCGCUCUAUGAACACCCUUGAAGUUAUAAAAAAAUAUCAAGUUGGUAAGGUGAUAACAUCUCUGACUGUAACACCAGAAGAAUGCUUCUUAGCUGGGGCAAAAGAUGGGAGUCUUCUUGUGUAUUCCAUAGAAAAUCCUCAGCCUCGCAAAGUUGGUAAUAACAGGAAUACGAAGUCAAGGCAUACGUAGCGGAAUGAAUCAACAAUAGCAUGCAAAAGCUGAUUCAUGUAGAAUUUGAAGCGAGAGCUGACCUCUGUCGGAAAUUCCAGGGAUGGGAAUAUCUUUGAGACUUCCUUCCUUUGGCGUGGAAAUAUGGUAAGAUGAGAUGCGAGACCAUCGCUGUUCCCGGAAUAUUGGAAGCAUGCGCAACUAAAAGCUCGGAAAAGAUUCUCACUUGCAGGUAUCGACGCCUGGAAUCAAUUGGUGCGUCAUUCAGAAUUUGUAGGGAGGCAUCCUCGACUUUCUGCUCCUAUACAUAACAUUAUAUUCAUUAAUUGUCCCACAGAAUGGCUUGUAAUAUUGGUGUAGCAUAUUCAUUCCUCUUUUCCUUUUUUUUUUUUUUUUUUUUGUGGGGGGGGGGGGGUUGGUUUGGCUGGUUCUGGGGUGCGGCUGAGUGUUCCCUGCGAACGGACCAGUUCUGUCACUGUAUAGACAGCAGGCUUGACUGCCUCAUUGCAAAAGAAGUUUUUGUUCGGCGGGGUCAUGUCUGAGCAACUGCCAUCCAUGUUGCGUGAAAAUAAUACAUACUCCUGUGAGCAUUUUUGC